UUGUAGAACUUAAAAAGCACCUUUCAGAAAUGUAUUCUCUUGUGCAUUUUGUUUCAAGUGUUCCAAUAGUAAAUUCUGAACAUGUCAUUAUCACUUUAUUUGAACAGUCUUUGUAUACACAAAUAAAUUUUUCUCAAACAACUUCUAAUAUUACUAAUUUUUUUUUGUUCUUAGAACUAAAUAGGCAACUCUCAGAAAUAUCUUCUUUUGCACAUUUUGUUUUAAAUAUUUCAAUAACAGAGUCUAAAUGCAUUAUUACUACUUUAUUUAAACAGUCUUCUCACACAGUACAAGCAAAUUUUAUUCAAAUAACUUCUAAUAGUAUUAAUUUUUUUUUGUUUUCAAAACUAAAUAGUCAACCUUUUGAAAUGUUUUCUUUUGCACAUUCUGUUUCAAAUGCUUCUGUAGCAAAUGUUUCUAUUUUUAUACCUAUUUUACAAUCUGUUUCAGUUCCAAAGGCAAAAGAGCUACCACCAUUAUUAAAAGCAUAUUUUACAGAGAAUAAUGCUAGAUCACACAAAUUUAGAAAUAAUAUACAUGCUUACAAUUUUGCUCUAGCUUUUACUUCAGUUAAUGCUAAAAUUAAUGAACAUAUUACUAGAACAAGAGGCCUUUAUAGCUUUUGCAUAUAUAGUAAAAUGUAUUAUCAGAUUAGGUUUCUUAUUUCUCAUUUAACUACUAAUUCUUCUUUGUUUGCACAAAUUUAUUUUUAUAAUACAGAAAAUGAAACUCAAAAUAGCAUAACUGAUGAUCAAACUCAACCAGAUGUUGAAGAUGUUUUAGUAAAUGAUGCUGAUGAAAUUACUAACCAAAGAUAUGUUACUAUAAUGCAAUUUUCUGAAGAUAAUAUGCAUUCAUCUGAGUACCAAUAUUUUGCAGAUUGGCUUUUGAAAAUUGGUAAAAAUCAUGUUGAACAGUAUUCUAAAAAAGGCAAUUAUAUUAAACUUCCUAAUGAUAUUUACAUUACUUCUCAAAAUAUGCAUGAUUUGAUAGAUUUUGUUUAUCUUAAUCUUAUAAUAAAUAUAACUAUUCCUUAUUACUUAAUGGAAUGUGCAAUUUUGGCUCCCAAAAAUACAGAUAUUGAGUUAGUUAAUACAACUGUUAUAUUCAUAUUUUCUAAAAAUGAAAUUGAGUAUUUAAGUGCAGAUAGUAUUGAUGAUGCAAUAGGAACUAAUCAUGAAGAUCUUUACCUUGUUGA